CAUCGGCCACCUGGGCUCAGGUGCGCAGUAGAGAUGAAGCUCCAUCCUCCAGGCCUGCCGUGAAGCCACGAUCUAGCUCUGCUCCAGGAUUCAGUGUCGGAGACGCAGCUCCCAGGGCAGAGCUGGACAUCUUUCUGCCCGUGGCUGCAGUGCUGGCUCUGGUCCAGACACCCAUUCUGGCUUUGUGUGUGGGAGGAGCACUCGCUAUUGUGCUCCUCCUUGUAAGAGCCCCAAUUUCCCAGACUCCAUCUGGGAGUGCUCAGCUGGGGCCACAUUCCAGCAUGGUUUCGGGGCUCAGGCGUGAGGACACAGCAGCCUCCGGGGCCAAGAGGGAAGGCCCGAGAAGCUCGACGCCGGUGUCGGGCCUGCUUUGCACCGCAGCGGGCAAUGCCUGUGCUCCAGGGCUCGCUCAGGACAGCGCAGCUGCCUGGAGCCCUCAGCACGAGUCCCAUAACUGCCUGGCCACGGUGAAGGAGCAGGCUCCCUGCGCUUCUGGCCAUUCGGACCGGGAUUGGGCAGCAGUUCCUGCCCAAGAAGCUUGCCACCAUCUUUUGCUGGGCAGAGAGAUUGUGCGCAGCCGGAAGGAGCCUCCUGCCCUGACUGCAGUUCCCCAGCUGAUGUCGGAGCAGCUCCCCAGGAUGGAUGUGAAUGAAGAUGGCUUGGCCCCAGUUAUGGAGGAGGCCUACGGGUCAGAGGUCAUCGAGGCAAGCACACCGGAGGAGCAAGUAGAGGGCUUGCUGCGUGCCCAGUUGAUCCAGGACACCAUCUUCAUUAAUAAUUUCUUGGACACCUACAGGAUGUUUCAGAACACCCACGAGGUCGUGGAUCUACUCUUCAACAGGUUCUGGACUUUUGAAGCCCCCAUGGGCUGCUCAGGAAGGACUGCUGCCCUUCCCCACUGCAGCCAGGAGAUGAUUCCUCGGGACCAGCGCUGCUAUGCCAUCUCGGGGCUCAUAAACACCUGGCUGGACCGCCGCCCGCAGGACUUCUUGGAAGCUGCCCAGCAUCCGUGCCUCCAACGCCUCCGGGCUCAACUGCGGCUCCAUAUGUGUGGCUCCGAGCUGGAGCGCCAUGUCUCCCAUCUCCUGGCGCAGUUGGGGAUCCAGGAAUCCAUCCCGGGCGAGGCUACGGCUCCGGCAGCAGCCGCCCUGGUGGCUGUGACCCCGACUCGCGAGCUGGCUUCCGCUCCCAGCCGGAGGGUGGCCCUCUGCACGCUGGGUGGAACAGCGACGGCUGCCCGAGCGCAGGCCCCUUCAGCCUUGAAUCCGGCUGGCAGGCGUCUGGGAGCCCAAGCUGCGUGUGUGGAUGAAGAGCCACGGGCCACGCCGGCUCUGCUGCCUAGGCCUGAAGGGGCACGAGCAGCCCGCGGGGAGGCGUCAUCAUCCCCCACUUGGGCUUCGGAGCUUAGUGGCCAGGGACCAGCGGCGGCCGGUGCUGAGCUGGAGCCCUCCUGCUCCGGGGCUCCGGGGUUGAGUGGAGGAGAAGCAGCGGUGCGCUCUGGGGAGAUGCAGCCCUGCUUCAGCUUGUUACCUGUGCUCGGGGCCCAGCCUGCCCCAGAAGCCAUCGCUGAGGCAGAGCCAGCGUCCACCUUGGCUCCCCUUCUAAGCGCUAGAUCUUCAUUCUUCACUCCUGAGCUGGAGCUGCUCAUGUACUUAGCGCUGCUGCUCUUUGACCUGGGAGCUCCGGCUGCGCUGCUCUGUGGACUCGCAGUACUGGCUCUGCUGCUCUGUGCCAUGCAGGCUCUAGGCUCCCGUGUCCCAUCGGAGCCAGCGUCCCCCAUGGCUCGGGGCCCCGGUGCUGAUGGAGCUCCAGCAUGGAGUGCUGCCGACAGGGAGCCGUGUGCCAGCGGGGCUCCCAUGGUCCCUUGCAGCCAGCCGGCCUCCAGUGGUGUGCCGGCAGUGGACCUGAUCCAGAUCCUGGCGCUGCUUGUCUUCCGAGGACCCGAAGGCAUGCUCUCAGAUGUGGGAGUUCGCUUUCUGAUGCUCCAUGCGUUGAGAUCAUUCAAUUCUUGUGCCCAAUCAGAGUCACCUACCAGCUUGGCUCUGGUGCACAGUGCUCAGGGAGCAUUGGGAAGUAGCGUUGACGAUGAGGCCAGUUUGCCCUCGUCUCCUCCUCUCAGUCUUCAAGACCCGGACUGCAGUGCAGACCUGGAGGUGCUUCUCUCCUUAAGUGUGUUGUUUUACCGUUUUGGAGCACCAGCUGUGGCGCUCUUUGUGGUUGGAUUUCCGGCCAUGGUUCUUGUCGUGGUGAGAGCUAUAGCCUGUCACGCGGGCUUGGAGCCAUCGGCCACCUGGGCUCAGGUGCGCAGUAGAGAUGAAGCUCCAUCCUCCAGGCCUGCCGUGAAGCCACGAUCUAGCUCUGCUCCAGGAUUCAGUGUCGGAGACGCAGCUCCCAGGGCAGAGCUGGACCUCUUUCUGCCCGCGGCUGCGGUGCUGGCUCUGGUCCAGACACCCAUUCUGGCUUUGUGUGUGGGAGGAGCACUCGCUAUUGUGCUCCUCCUUGUAAGAGCCCCAAUUUGCCAGACUCCAUCUGGGAGUGCUCAGCUGGGGCCACAUUCCAGCAUGGUUUCGGGGCUCAGGCGUGAGGACACAGCAGCCUCCGGGGCCAAGAGGGAAGGCCCGAGAAGCUCGACGCCGGUGUCGGGCCUGCUUUGCACCGCAGCGGGCAAUGCCUGUGCUCCAGGGCUCGCUCAGGACAGCGCAGCUGCCUGGAGCCCUCAGCACGAGUCCCAUAACUGCCUGGCCACGGUGAAGGAGCAGGCUCCCUCCGCUUCUGGCCAUUCGGACCGGGAUCGGGCAGCAGUUCCUGCCCAAGAAGCUUGCCACCAUCUUUUGCUGGGCAGAGAGAUUGUGCGCAGCCGGAAGGAGCCUCCUGCCCUGACUGCAGUUCCCCAGCUGAUGUCGGAGCAGCUCCCCAGGAUGGAUGUGAAUGAAGAUGGCUUGGCCUCAGUUAUGGAGGAGGCCAGCGGGUCAGAGGUCAUCAUGGCAGGCACACUGCAGGAGCAAGUAGAGCGCUUGCGGCUUGCCCAGUUGAUCCAGGACUCAAGCUUCAUUUACUACUACUUGGACACCUACAGGAUGUUUCAGGACACCCAGGAGGUGGUGGAUCUACUCUUCAGCAGGUUCUGGACUUUUGAAGCCCCCAUGGGCUGCUCAGGAAGGACUGCUGCCCUUCCCCACUGCAGCCAGGAGAUGAUUCCUCGGGACCAGCGCUGCUAUGCCAUCUCGGGGCUCAUAAACACCUGGCUGGACCGCCGCCCGCAGGACUUCUUGGAAGCUGCCCAGCAUCCGUGCCUCCAACGCCUCCGGGCUCAACUGCGGCUCCAUAUGUGUGGCUCCGAGCUGGAGCGCCAUGUCUCCCAUCUCCUGGCGCAGUUGGGGAUCCAGGAAUCCAUCCCGGGCGAGGCUACGGCUCCGGCAGCAGCCGCCCUGGUGGCUGUGACCCCGACUCGCGAGCUGGCUUCCGCUCCCAGCCGGAGGGUGGCCCUCUGCACGCUGGGUGGAACAGCGACGGCUGCCCGAGCGCAGGCCCCUUCAGCCUUGAAUCCGGCUGGCAGGCGUCUGGGAGCCCAAGCUGCGUGUGUGGAUGAAGAGCCACGGGCCACGCCGGCUCUGCUGCCUAGGCCUGAAGGGGCACGAGCAGCCCGCGGGGAGGCGUCAUCAUCCCCCACUUGGGCUUCGGAGCUUAGUGGCCAGGGACCAGCGGCGGCCGGUGCUGAGCUGGAGCCCUCCUGCUCCGGGGCUCCGGGGUUGAGUGGAGGAGAAGCAGCGGUGCGCUCUGGGGAGAUGCAGCCCUGCUUCAGCUUGUUACCUGUGCUCGGGGCCCAGCCUGCCCCAGAAGCCAUCGCUGAGGCAGAGCCAGCGUCCACCUUGGCUCCCCUUCUAAGCGCUAGAUCUUCAUUCUUCACUCCUGAGCUGGAGCUGCUCAUGUACUUAGCGCUGCUGCUCUUUGACCUGGGAGCUCCGGCUGCGCUGCUCUGUGGACUCGCAGUACUGGCUCUGCUGCUCUGUGCCAUGCAGGCUCUAGGCUCCCGUGUCCCAUCGGAGCCAGCGUCCCCCAUGGCUCGGGGCCCCGGUGCUGAUGGAGCUCCAGCAUGGAGUGCUGCCGACAGGGAGCCGUGUGCCAGCGGGGCUCCCAUGGUCCCUUGCAGCCAGCCGGCCUCCAGUGGUGUGCCGGCAGUGGACCUGAUCCAGAUCCUGGCGCUGCUUGUCUUCCGAGGACCCGAAGGCAUGCUCUCAGAUGUGGGAGUUCGCUUUCUGAUGCUCCAUGCGUUGAGAUCAUUCAAUUCUUGUGCCCAAUCAGAGUCACCUACCAGCUUGGCUCUGGUGCACAGUGCUCAGGGAGCAUUGGGAAGUAGCGUUGACGAUGAGGCCAGUUUGCCCUCGUCUCCUCCUCUCAGUCUUCAAGACCCGGACUGCAGUGCAGACCUGGAGGUGCUUCUCUCCUUAAGUGUGUUGUUUUACCGUUUUGGAGCACCAGCUGUGGCGCUCUUUGUGGUUGGAUUUCCGGCCAUGGUUCUUGUCGUGGUGAGAGCUAUAGCCUGUCACGCGGGCUUGGAGCCAUCGGCCACCUGGGCUCAGGUGCGCAGUAGAGAUGAAGCUCCAUCCUCCAGGCCUGCCGUGAAGCCACGAUCUAGCUCUGCUCCAGGAUUCAGUGUCGGAGACGCAGCUCCCAGGGCAGAGCUGGACCUCUUUCUGCCCGCGGCUGCGGUGCUGGCUCUGGUCCAGACACCCAUUCUGGCUUUGUGUGUGGGAGGAGCACUCGCUAUUGUGCUCCUCCUUGUAAGAGCCCCAAUUUGCCAGACUCCAUCUGGGAGUGCUCAGCUGGGGCCACAUUCCAGCAUGGUUUCGGGGCUCAGGCGUGAGGACACAGCAGCCUCCGGGGCCAAGAGGGAAGGCCCGAGAAGCUCGACGCCGGUGUCGGGCCUGCUUUGCACCGCAGCGGGCAAUGCCUGUGCUCCAGGGCUCGCUCAGGACAGCGCAGCUGCCUGGAGCCCUCAGCACGAGUCCCAUAACUGCCUGGCCACGGUGAAGGAGCAGGCUCCCUGCGCUUCUGGCCAUUCGGACCGGGAUUGGGCAGCAGUUCCUGCCCAAAAAGCUUGCCACCAUCUUUUGCUGGGCAGAGAGAUUGUGCGCAGCCGGAAGGAGCCUCCUGCCCUGACUGCAGUUCCCCAGCUGAUGUCGGAGCAGCUCCCCAGGAUGGAUGUGAAUGAAGAUGGCUUGGCCCCAGUUAUGGAGGAGGCCUACGGGUCAGAGGUCAUCGAGGCAAGCACACCGGAGGAGCAAGUAGAGGGCUUGCUGCGUGCCCAGUUGAUCCAGGACACCAUCUUCAUUAAUAAUUUCUUGGACACCUACAGGAUGUUUCAGAACACCCACGAGGUCGUGGAUCUACUCUUCAACAGGUUCUGGACUUUUGAAGCCCCCAUGGGCUGCUCAGGAAGGACUGCUGCCCUUCCCCACUGCAGCCAGGAGAUGAUUCCUCGGGACCAGCGCUGCUAUGCCAUCUCGGGGCUCAUAAACACCUGGCUGGACCGCCGCCCGCAGGACUUCUUGGAAGCUGCCCAGCAUCCGUGCCUCCAACGCCUCCGGGCUCAACUGCGGCUCCAUAUGUGUGGCUCCGAGCUGGAGCGCCAUGUCUCCCAUCUCCUGGCGCAGUUGGGGAUCCAGGAAUCCAUCCCGGGCGAGGCUACGGCUCCGGCAGCAGCCGCCCUGGUGGCUGUGACCCCGACUCGCGAGCUGGCUUCCGCUCCCAGCCGGAGGGUGGCCCUCUGCACGCUGGGUGGAACAGCGACGGCUGCCCGAGCGCAGGCCCCUUCAGCCUUGAAUCCGGCUGGCAGGCGUCUGGGAGCCCAAGCUGCGUGUGUGGAUGAAGAGCCACGGGCCACGCCGGCUCUGCUGCCUAGGCCUGAAGGGGCACGAGCAGCCCGCGGGGAGGCGUCAUCAUCCCCCACUUGGGCUUCGGAGCUUAGUGGCCAGGGACCAGCGGCGGCCGGUGCUGAGCUGGAGCCCUCCUGCUCCGGGGCUCCGGGGUUGAGUGGAGGAGAAGCAGCGGUGCGCUCUGGGGAGAUGCAGCCCUGCUUCAGCUUGUUACCUGUGCUCGGGGCCCAGCCUGCCCCAGAAGCCAUCGCUGAGGCAGAGCCAGCGUCCACCUUGGCUCCCCUUCUAAGCGCUAGAUCUUCAUUCUUCACUCCUGAGCUGGAGCUGCUCAUGUACUUAGCGCUGCUGCUCUUUGACCUGGGAGCUCCGGCUGCGCUGCUCUGUGGACUCGCAGUACUGGCUCUGCUGCUCUGUGCCAUGCAGGCUCUAGGCUCCCGUGUCCCAUCGGAGCCAGCGUCCCCCAUGGCUCGGGGCCCCGGUGCUGAUGGAGCUCCAGCAUGGAGUGCUGCCGACAGGGAGCCGUGUGCCAGCGGGGCUCCCAUGGUCCCUUGCAGCCAGCCGGCCUCCAGUGGUGUGCCGGCAGUGGACCUGAUCCAGAUCCUGGCGCUGCUUGUCUUCCGAGGACCCGAAGGCAUGCUCUCAGAUGUGGGAGUUCGCUUUCUGAUGCUCCAUGCGUUGAGAUCAUUCAAUUCUUGUGCCCAAUCAGAGUCACCUACCAGCUUGGCUCUGGUGCACAGUGCUCAGGGAGCAUUGGGAAGUAGCGUUGACGAUGAGGCCAGUUUGCCCUCGUCUCCUCCUCUCAGUCUUCAAGACCCGGACUGCAGUGCAGACCUGGAGGUGCUUCUCUCCUUAAGUGUGUUGUUUUACCGUUUUGGAGCACCAGCUGUGGCGCUCUUUGUGGUUGGAUUUCCGGCCAUGGUUCUUGUCGUGGUGAGAGCUAUAGCCUGUCACGCGGGCUUGGAGCCAUCGGCCACCUGGGCUCAGGUGCGCAGUAGAGAUGAAGCUCCAUCCUCCAGGCCUGCCGUGAAGCCACGAUCUAGCUCUGCUCCAGGAUUCAGUGUCGGAGACGCAGCUCCCAGGGCAGAGCUGGACCUCUUUCUGCCCGCGGCUGCGGUGCUGGCUCUGGUCCAGACACCCAUUCUGGCUUUGUGUGUGGGAGGAGCACUCGCUAUUGUGCUCCUCCUUGUAAGAGCCCCAAUUUGCCAGACUCCAUCUGGGAGUGCUCAGCUGGGGCCACAUUCCAGCAUGGUUUCGGGGCUCAGGCGUGAGGACACAGCAGCCUCCGGGGCCAAGAGGGAAGGCCCGAGAAGCUCGACGCCGGUGUCGGGCCUGCUUUGCACCGCAGCGGGCAAUGCCUGUGCUCCAGGGCUCGCUCAGGACAGCGCAGCUGCCUGGAGCCCUCAGCACGAGUCCCAUAACUGCCUGGCCACGGUGAAGGAGCAGGCUCCCUGCGCUUCUGGCCAUUCGGACCGGGAUCGGGCAGCAGUUCCUGCCCAAGAAGCUUGCCACCAUCUUUUGCUGGGCAGAGAGAUUGUGCGCAGCCGGAAGGAGCCUCCUGCCCUGACUGCAGUUCCCCAGCUGAUGUCGGAGCAGCUCCCCAGGAUGGAUGUGAAUGAAGAUGGCUUGGCCUCAGUUAUGGAGGAGGCCAGCGGGUCAGAGGUCAUCAUGGCAGGCACACUGCAGGAGCAAGUAGAGCGCUUGCGGCUUGCCCAGUUGAUCCAGGACUCAAGCUUCAUUUACUACUACUUGGACACCUACAGGAUGUUUCAGGACACCCAGGAGGUGGUGGAUCUACUCUUCAGCAGGUUCUGGACUUUUGAAGCCCCCAUGGGCUGCUCAGGAAGGACUGCUGCCCUUCCCCACUGCAGCCAGGAGAUGAUUCCUCGGGACCAGCGCUGCUAUGCCAUCUCGGGGCUCAUAAACACCUGGCUGGACCGCCGCCCGCAGGACUUCUUGGAAGCUGCCCAGCAUCCGUGCCUCCAACGCCUCCGGGCUCAACUGCGGCUCCAUAUGUGUGGCUCCGAGCUGGAGCGCCAUGUCUCCCAUCUCCUGGCGCAGUUGGGGAUCCAGGAAUCCAUCCCGGGCGAGGCUACGGCUCCGGCAGCAGCCGCCCUGGUGGCUGUGACCCCGACUCGCGAGCUGGCUUCCGCUCCCAGCCGGAGGGUGGCCCUCUGCACGCUGGGUGGAACAGCGACGGCUGCCCGAGCGCAGGCCCCUUCAGCCUUGAAUCCGGCUGGCAGGCGUCUGGGAGCCCAAGCUGCGUGUGUGGAUGAAGAGCCACGGGCCACGCCGGCUCUGCUGCCUAGGCCUGAAGGGGCACGAGCAGCCCGCGGGGAGGCGUCAUCAUCCCCCACUUGGGCUUCGGAGCUUAGUGGCCAGGGACCAGCGGCGGCCGGUGCUGAGCUGGAGCCCUCCUGCUCCGGGGCUCCGGGGUUGAGUGGAGGAGAAGCAGCGGUGCGCUCUGGGGAGAUGCAGCCCUGCUUCAGCUUGUUACCUGUGCUCGGGGCCCAGCCUGCCCCAGAAGCCAUCGCUGAGGCAGAGCCAGCGUCCACCUUGGCUCCCCUUCUAAGCGCUAGAUCUUCAUUCUUCACUCCUGAGCUGGAGCUGCUCAUGUACUUAGCGCUGCUGCUCUUUGACCUGGGAGCUCCGGCUGCGCUGCUCUGUGGACUCGCAGUACUGGCUCUGCUGCUCUGUGCCAUGCAGGCUCUAGGCUCCCGUGUCCCAUCGGAGCCAGCGUCCCCCAUGGCUCGGGGCCCCGGUGCUGAUGGAGCUCCAGCAUGGAGUGCUGCCGACAGGGAGCCGUGUGCCAGCGGGGCUCCCAUGGUCCCUUGCAGCCAGCCGGCCUCCAGUGGUGUGCCGGCAGUGGACCUGAUCCAGAUCCUGGCGCUGCUUGUCUUCCGAGGACCCGAAGGCAUGCUCUCAGAUGUGGGAGUUCGCUUUCUGAUGCUCCAUGCGUUGAGAUCAUUCAAUUCUUGUGCCCAAUCAGAGUCACCUACCAGCUUGGCUCUGGUGCACAGUGCUCAGGGAGCAUUGGGAAGUAGCGUUGACGAUGAGGCCAGUUUGCCCUCGUCUCCUCCUCUCAGUCUUCAAGACCCGGACUGCAGUGCAGACCUGGAGGUGCUUCUCUCCUUAAGUGUGUUGUUUUACCGUUUUGGAGCACCAGCUGUGGCGCUCUUUGUGGUUGGAUUUCCGGCCAUGGUUCUUGUCGUGGUGAGAGCUAUAGCCUGUCACGCGGGCUUGGAGCCAUCGGCCACCUGGGCUCAGGUGCGCAGUAGAGAUGAAGCUCCAUCCUCCAGGCCUGCCGUGAAGCCACGAUCUAGCUCUGCUCCAGGAUUCAGUGUCGGAGACGCAGCUCCCAGGGCAGAGCUGGACCUCUUUCUGCCCGCGGCUGCGGUGCUGGCUCUGGUCCAGACACCCAUUCUGGCUUUGUGUGUGGGAGGAGCACUCGCUAUUGUGCUCCUCCUUGUAAGAGCCCCAAUUUGCCAGACUCCAUCUGGGAGUGCUCAGCUGGGGCCACAUUCCAGCAUGGUUUCGGGGCUCAGGCGUGAGGACACAGCAGCCUCCGGGGCCAAGAGGGAAGGCCCGAGAAGCUCGACGCCGGUGUCGGGCCUGCUUUGCACCGCAGCGGGCAAUGCCUGUGCUCCAGGGCUCGCUCAGGACAGCGCAGCUGCCUGGAGCCCUCAGCACGAGUCCCAUAACUGCCUGGCCACGGUGAAGGAGCAGGCUCCCUGCGCUUCUGGCCAUUCGGACCGGGAUUGGGCAGCAGUUCCUGCCCAAGAAGCUUGCCACCAUCUUUUGCUGGGCAGAGAGAUUGUGCGCAGCCGGAAGGAGCCUCCUGCCCUGACUGCAGUUCCCCAGCUGAUAUCGGAGCAGCUCCCCAGGAUGGAUGUGGCGAUGAGCAAGGGCCUCGUGCCCUAUCGGAGAAUCUUCCCGAAUGACUCUCUCCUGAUUCACGUGGACGACGACAACGUGCAGGAUGAGAGAAGCAAAGGGAAGCCAUUGAUCAAGUGGCGGCUCCCGGCCAAUCCAAAAGACCUUUCUCCAGAGGACCAAGAAGAAGCACAGAGUCCGCUUCAGCCGUCCUCCCAAGUAGAGAAAGGGCCAAAACCUUUAACAUCAUCUCCCCUUGGUCUGGCUGGACCGGGGCUAAUGACCGCACCCCUACACAGUGGCCCCGGCCACACCUCCCCUGCAUUCACCUCCAAUCCUGAAACCCUCUGAAUCCUCCUUCCCCAAUCCUGUAUUAAGUGAAAUGUGGCAGCCUUGCCUACUAGAAUGUUACAAAAAAAAAAAAAAAAAAAAAA